UCGGCGGGCUCCGGGAAUGGCCGAGGAGGAGGAAGACCCCACCUUUGAGGAGGAAAAUGAAGAAAUUGGAGGAGGUGCAGAAGGUGGACAGGGUAAAAGAAAGAGGCUUUUUUCAAAAGAAUUACGUUGUAUGAUGUAUGGAUUUGGGGAUGACCAGAAUCCUUAUACUGAAUCAGUGGACAUUCUUGAAGACCUUGUCAUAGAGUUCAUCACUGAAAUGACUCACAAAGCAAUGUCAAUCGGAAGACAAGGUCGAGUGCAAGUUGAAGAUAUUGUCUUCUUGAUUCGAAAAGAUCCAAGAAAAUUUGCUAGAGUUAAAGACUUACUUACUAUGAAUGAAGAAUUGAAACGAGCUAGAAAAGCAUUUGAUGAAGCAAACUAUGGAUCUUGACACUUUUGAAAUUUCACUAUCUUCUGUGGAAACCAUACAUAAUGACUGUGUAUUUUCUUCAGGGUUAUCCUGAUAUCUAAGCAUGUAAGUGAAAGAUUGAGAAAGUCUUUAUUUUCAUGUCCUUAAUUUUAGAGUUACACUUAAGCCUUUAAUUUCCUGCCUCUAUAUGAAUGUACUUUAAUUCUUUAUUGGCUUUUAAUGACUAUAUGUAUCUUAAAGUGUUGUAAAUCAUGCUGUAUUUAUGUGUUAGGUAGAUUUGGGCCACUGUAAGCUAUAACUGUAGCUUUUAAUAUGUGAAAUGGAGAUGUCCUUUCUUGACUCUUAAGCUGAGACAGUGUUUCAUGUGUUCUGAAAUUUUUAGACAACAGUGGCAUGAGGUUAUUAAAAAUAGUGAAUUGGUUUGUGUUUCUUUUAAGGAGAUGACAUGGGAAAACAACUCAUGGGGAAGGAUGUUUAUCUGUCUUAAGAUAAUUUGUUUUAAUAUUCUUUUGUAAAGAUAACAAGGUUUUUUUUAAGUUUCACAUCAUGCUUCUGUGUUUAAAUUUUAAAACCUUAUUGAACUUAUAACAUACUAUUAAAUUUUGGGAGAUCUCAUUUUCCCAGAUCAGAAUAAAGCAUCUAAAAAUAAAUGGUUUCAGCAGUAAGAAUGGCAGGGCUUAAAAAGUUGAUGGCAGGGUAGGAAUUGGGGUAAAGUUUUAUUAGCAUAUCUGUAAGUACAUGUUUGAUGUGGAAAUGUCUUCUUGAUUAGAACCACAUGUAGCUACAAACCACUUUUGUAGUUCAGAUUAUACAAGCUUUUUGAUUACAGCUUAUUGCAUUAAGUUAUUGUACUUAGCUUAAAAUAAGGAUUAAAAUUGCAUUUAGAGAUCACUGAAUGUUAUUUUUUGUGAAACAACUUUUUGGUGGCAAUUGUAAACUAUCUUAAAAUCAGUAAUUUGAGAAAUUUUACUUUUUUCUAUUGAUGUAAGGAAUAAAGUUUGAAAAAUUAAACU